AUGAGGCUCCGGGAACCCAAGAGGCUGGCCAGGUCAGCCAGGUGGAGAGUGGCGGCGCUGGGACAGGACACCGACCGGAGCCCCACUAACGGGAUACCUGAUUCAAAGGGACCGUAUUUCCGGGCAGAAGACACCUUCGUUGCUUGCGGAGCACUUUCACUUGCAGUUUCACCUCGAACCAGCACUUGCCGGGCCUCGGGUCCGGGUGAGGCGGACCAGGACUGGCGAGGGCCUGCCCGACGCCGCCCUGCCUCAGUUUCCCCUUCGCGCCGCCCACUCACAGCACCCAGCGGACCGCGGCCGCCCCAGCCCCAGCCCCAGCUCUCUUUACGGGCCUUUGAGCCCCGGGAGCUUCAAGCCGCGGACCCUAAGCCCGUCUGGCUCAGCACCGAACACCCCCCACUCACCUCACUGGCGGCCGAACGCCGACCCGCCGACGGCUGCGCCUGCGCACCGCAGCGCUACCCGGCCCCGCCCCCGGCCGCGACGCUUGCGCGGAAGGAGGCGGCGCUCGUUGGCUUUCAUUCUGCGCAGGCGCCCUGUGCCGGAGAUGCCCUGGACACAGCGGCCCUGUGCUCCGAGGUGAACUACCUGCGGUGGGACCUGAGCGCCCAGCAAAUAGGGGAGCUCACUGUGGAGCUCAUCGAGCAAACCAAGCGUGUGUAUGACCAGGUGGGCUCCCAGAAGUUUGAAGACGUGUCCUACGAGAGCACCCUCAAGGCGCUGGCUGACGCGGAGGUGUCCUACACAGUUCAGAGGAAUAUCCUUGACUUCCCCCAGCACGUCUCUCCAUCCAAGGACAUUCGGACGGCCAGCACAGAGGCAGACAAAAAGCUGUCUGAAUUUGACGUGGAAAUGAGCAUGAGGCAGGAUGUAUACCAGAGGAUUGUCUGGCUGCAGGAAAAAAUCCAGAAGGACUCGUUGAGGCCAGAGGCAGUGCGGUACCUGGAGCGACUGAUCAAGCUGGGCAGAAGGAAUGGGCUCCACCUGCCCAAAGAUACUCAGGAGAAAAUCAAGAGCAUCAAGAAGAAGCUGAGUCUUCUGUGCAUCGACUUCAACAAGAACCUGAAUGAGGACACGACCUUCCUGCCCCCUGGUCUUGUUCCUGCAGGAGGGCUCCCGGAGGACUUUUUGAACUCACUGGAAAAGGCUGGGGAUGACAAGUUGAAAGUCACCCUCAAGUACCCACAUUACUUUCCCCUCCUGAAGAAGUGCCAUGUGCCGGAGACCAGAAGGAAGGUGGAGGAGGCCUUCAACUGUCGGUGCAAGCAGGAGAACUGUGCGAUCCUCAGAGAGCUGGUGACCCUGCGGGCCCAGAAGUCCAGUCUGCUGGGGUUCAGCACGCACGCCGACUACGUCCUGGAGAUGAACAUGGCUAAGAGCAGCCAGGUGGUGGCCACGUUCCUAGCUGGGGGAUGGAGUAGAUCCCUGGCUGGGCCUGACACGGCCUCCUUCCCCAGGGAAGGGAAGUACGGGCACGCGGCCUGCUUUGGCUUGCAGCCGGGCUGCCUGCAGCAGGACGGGAGCCGCCAGAUCGCCAUCGCGGCCAUGGUGGCCAACUUCACCAAGCCCACCCCGGAUGCCCCCUCCCUGCUGCAGCACGACGAGGUGGAGACCUACUUCCAUGAGUUUGGGCACGUGAUGCACCAGCUCUGCUCUCAGCAUGGAGCCCUACAGACGGCCGGCUUCAUGGGCAGCAGCAGGGGCUGGGGGUCUGACAUCAGCUGUCCAAGGGCCGAAGUGUCGGGCCAGUUCUCCUUGCGGGUGUGUGGGGGUCGUCUCUCAUGGGGCCCGGGGGAUGCCUGGGGCCGCAGUGAAAGCCGCACCGCGUCUGUCCCAGGGACCAACAUGCCUGCGACCUUCGGCCACCUGGCAGGUGGCUAUGACGCCCAGUACUACGGCUACCUGUGGAGCGAGGUGUACUCCAUGGACAUGUUCCACACGCGCUUCAAGCAGGAGGGCGUCCUGAACGGCAAGGUCGGCAUGGACUACAGGAGCUGCAUCCUGAGACCUGGCGGCUCCCAGGACGCCAGCGUCAUGCUGAAGCUCUUCCUGGGCCGAGACCCCAAGCAGGACGCCUUCCUCCUGAGCAAAGGGCUGCAGGUGGACAGCAGCGAGCCGCCGGCCUGCUGA